AUGACAACUCUCAACGUCAAGACCGGACCCAUGCUCCGGUACGACAAUGUCGAUCUCGAAUCCAGCAUCUACCAUGCCUUUGCCAUGAUCGUCACCGAAGAUGCCACCAGCGACUACUCGAUCACCCCCACCCUCCAACUUCGAUGGGAGAAGGCCGCAGGCGUCUCCGCUGCCGCCGAUGGCACCACCGCCGUUUCCGAUGACAACUCGCACAAGCAGUCCGAGGCCAUCAAGCUCUACCAGUAUCACGGGGCAGAGGGCUCCUUCACCUUUUGGCGCUUCAAGAUUGAAGUUCCGUUGGCUGACCACGAGCUUGCUGUCCACUACUCGAUCGAUGGCGAAGCGCAUCCCAAUUCGCAGUCCGAGGCCAUCAAGGGCAUGACCGGCCACACAUUCUUCGUCCCUGCCAAGACGCAGAAUUUCCGAUGGGCCGGUCACAGCUGCAACGGCUUCAGCGCCAGUACCGACGAGUCUGUGUGGAAUGGCCCCAACCCACUCUGGGACGAUCUGCUCAAGGCGCACGCUGCCAAACCUUACCAUGCUGUCAUCGGCGGUGGCGACCAGAUCUAUUGCGAUAAGCUCGUCCGUGAGCCCGAGAUGCAAGAGUGGAACAAUCAGACCGACUCCAAGAAGCGCAUGGCCAUGCCUGUCACCGACGCCAUCAGCACGUGCAUCGACCGCUACAUGUUCAAUCACUACUGCGAGUGGUUUGGCGGAGGUUCCUUCGCCAAGACCAUUGCUCAGGUGCCUAUGAUCAACAUGCUCGACGACCACGAUCUCAUCGACGGGUUUGGAACGUACCCGGACGAGCUCAUGCAAGCCGCUGUGUUCAACCAUGUUGGAAAGAGAGGCUAUUUCUAUUUCCUCCUUUUCCAGCUUUUCGUUAACGACGAUGUGGACGGUGUUAGCGAGACAUCGCACCCUAAUCGCAGCAUCCUGUUUGGCGGCGACGGCGUCUACAUUCCGUUCAAGAACCACAGUCUGCUGUCGUACCUCGGUCCCAAGCAGUGGAUCCUGCUUGCCGACUGCCGUUCGGAACGCAAGAUCGAUCAGAUCUGCAGCAAGGCCACCUACCAGCGCCUGUUUGAUGCGGUGCGCAAACUGCCGCCGGGCGUCGAGCAUCUCAUCGUUCUGCUGGGUGUACCCCUCGCCUACCCACGAAUGGUCUUCUUGGAGCGCACACUCUCGAGCAGCAUGAAUCCACUUAUCAUGCUCGCCAAAGGUCUCUCCCCCGGGUUCACCAACAACUUCAACGGCCAAGUCGAGCUGCUUGACGAUCUGGGCGACCACUGGUGUGCAGGACCACACAAGCACGAGCGCAACUGGCUUGUGGAGCGGGUGCAGGAGCUGUGUCUAGAAAAGAAGCUGCGCGCCUCGUACAUUAGUGGAGACGUGCACGCCGGUGGCGUAGGCGUCUUCUACGGGUACCACCAGCACGAUCCUAGCUUGGACCCCAAGUAUUCGCUGGCAGUGAUUACGUCGGCGAUUGUCAAUGCUCCGCCCCCGCCCGCGGUCAUCUCGAUGCUCAACAAGCUGGCUCGUAAGAAGCAUCGUUCGCUGUUCUACUGUGGCACCAAGGAGACCAUGGUGCCGCUGUUCGAGACCGACUUGGAAGGACAGAAGCAGAAGGACAAGUACAUCAUCGGCGCUCGCAACUGGUGCUCCGUCGAGUACUACCCAGAAACAGGAGAGUUGGAGUUCGACCUUCGUGUAGAGAAGGUCAAGGGUGGCGGAGAGACCAAGUCGUACGCGGUUAAGGCUCCCCCUCCUCGUUGGGACAUUGCUAAACAACAUCAUCAUUUGCUUCACUCCAAGGACUUUGACAAGCGCAUCGGCACGCUCAAGGGUCAGCCCCCCGCGAAAAAGGCAUAA